AUGCGUGACCAAGUUCCAUACGACGUCGUUAACGACAUCUUCGGUCGGCUACCUGUGAAAUCCUUAACCCGAUUCAGGUCCGUUUCCAAAACUUGUAACUCCAUCAUCUCCGACCCCACUUUCGUUUCCACACUCUUCAACCUCACCCUCACCAAAUCGCUAAUAUCCACCAACACUCACAGUGGUUAUUUGCAAUACUCUCCAACAGUAACAGCGGAUCAUUCAUCUUCCACUUCCAAACAAUUGUGUACUGUUGUUUGCAACAACGACCGCACGUUGACCCAGGUUUCUAAAUUUGAUAUCCCAUCGUUUCCUGACAAGUUCAGCAUAGUUGGCUUCUAUAACAGCGUGUUCUGCUUAGCUAGUUAUGACCAAGAUCAUUAUCACAUAAUCUAUUUGUGGAACCCAAGUAUUAGAAAGUUUAAGAAGCUUCGAUCUACUCGCUUUCUCUACAGUGAUGUUAGAGUUGUUUUUGGAUUUGCUUUUGACUCUAAAAACAAUGACUUCAAGGUUUUAAAACUUGUAACUUUUCGGGAGAAAAAGCCACUGGCUGAAGCAGAGAUAUACACUUUGAGCACGGAUUCAUGGAGAAAAGAUAUAAUAACAAUGGAGUCCUUAAGAGGGAAUGAACCCAAUUUUGGAUCUAUUGUUUCUGUGCUGCCACCCUCUGUAUUUUGUAAUGGAGCUUUGCACUUUAUAGCAAAUACUUGUCACCACGGUUUCAUUUUGUCCUUCGACGUCCAUGAUGAGACUUUCCAUGAGAUGAUGUUGCCUCUGCCUCUGUGUCAAAAUCAUUCACCCUCUCUUCAACUAGCGGUAUUCAAGGGAUUGCUGGCCGUUCUUUUUUUCUCUCAUGGUGUAUAUAAUACUGGUUGCCUAUGCCACUUCUGGGUUAUGGAGAAGUAUGGUGUCGUUGGGUCUUGGACUAGAAAAUGUUUGAUUCCAGUGGAUUCGCCUCAUGAGUUCUAUUGCUGCACUGAUAAUGGUGAACUUCUAUUCAAGAGUGCCAAUGGGCUGGUUUCAAUUAACCCGCUUGAUAGUCUAAAUUGGAGCGUUCUUGCGAUUGAAGAUGCUAAUUGGGUGGGUUUCUCAGCUAAUUCUAUGGAGAGCUUGGUUUUACAUGAUUAA